AUGGAUGACCAUUUUUGUGUACAGAGUUUUCUUGGUCAUGGCCUUGAUCCUUAUAAACUUCUGUAUAUCUGGAAUAGUAAAUUUUUUGUAAAUUCCGAGCCUGGUGCAUUUGUGGGACUCUCUCUCACGAGUGCACGGCGUCUGUCGCGCCGUGAAAUUCGGGUUUUGGGGCGUGACAGAUUUAGUGGUAUCAGAGCUUAGGUUUGAUUAAGACUUUGUGAUGUGAGAGCCUAGGUUUAAGUGAAUACCUAGGAUAUGUUUUGAACGUGGCUAGUUAAUGGAUUUAGAACCGUGGUGAGACGAGUGAUGGGGUUAUACAAGGGACGAUUCUGAUUUUUGUUGCCUGAAUUUUCUGGUUUGCUUUGAUGAGGUAGUAAUUCAGUUAGUUCUUGUUAUUUGCCGUUGGUGAGCAUUUUUGGAAUUAAUCUUGCUCACCAUGCUCUUAGGACCUUGUUUGAAGCUUGGUCCCUUGUGAUAGUGUGCUUGUUUUGGUUGUGGCAGGAUGUAUAAGGCCUUCCACAUUAGGUCUGUUUGUUUGAGUAUUCAUCGGGGCAUUCAUAUGUGAAUGCAAACAUGGACAUACAUGAGCAUAUACACGCAUACAUGCAUACACACAUGGGCAUUCAUACAUGCAUGCAUAAAGGCAUUCAUUCAUACAUGCAUAUGCAUGCAUUCAUUCGUUCAUGAUUUUGUAUAUCCGAGUGAUGUUUAUUCGUCUCGGAUAAGGUUCCAUCUUUUAGUUGGACUCAUCGUUAAAUUCCUGGCCAUGUUGUGUUUGAUGAGUGCCAGGUCUUGAUUUGAGUCAAGGGCACCACAUAAUCAUGCCGAUAACUCGAGUUUAAUUACUUGUGUUAAGGCGUGAAGUUAUCUCCCGCUUCCCAAAUAGCCAUUGGGGAGGGUGGAGAUUGAGAAAUUGUUAUUGGCUUGUUAGGGCAGUGAUGAGUAUCCAGUCCUUGUAAAGUGAAUCCGACUGUUGUAUCUUGUAAUUGUUAGCCGUGUGUCUUGAAAUUGAUUUCCUUGUGAUAGUUGUGUUUGAUAUCAGAGUGGCGCAACGGAAGCGUAGUAGGCCAUGUUCUGAUCAUAGAAAGUCGGUGAGGCAUUCGUUUUGUCUUAGAUUGUGUGGAGCCAUUCACCAAUCUAGAUGAUCCUAGAUUUGAGUUUUGGGGACAAAACUCCUUUUUAGGAGGGGUGGAUGUAAUAUCCCAAAAUUUUCGGGUAUUUUUGCAUUAAAUUGGGGACUUAUUU